CCGCCAUCCAGUGAGAGCCCCUCAUUCCUUUUUAAAAGAAAACAUUCCACAUACAUAGUUCCUAUUUUAACUACAAAAGCUACCUUUUUGCUAUGAAACUACAUUUACCAUAGUAUUAAAAUGUUAAUACAGCACGACUCAAUACAACUUAAUGUGUAUAGUAAAUAUCUGAGUAGAGCCAUAUAAUAUGCACUUUUCACAGUGACAAAAGCUCGCAUGGCAGCUGUCCGUGGGGAAAGCACACAGGUGGCGAGGGAAGUGCCAGCCAAGGCCAGACGCGGGGGCCGAACACGUGGCAGCGACAAGCGCGGUGCCAUUGGUGGCGGCGGUGUGCGGCGGCUGCGCAGCAGUGAUGCAAAAGCCGGGAGCCGGAGCUGGGAGGGCUUUCUCACACUUUGCAAGUGCACGAGGGCACAAGCAGUGCGGGACAUGCUCCCGCUGGCUGCAGGUGUUAGCGCAGGACCAGGGGGAACAAGCCCGGGCGGAGAUCCAGGCGGAGCAGACCCCAAAUGAGAUCGGGGCUGCGCGGAUCCCGAACGGGACCCGGGCAGCGCGAGCGAUCCCGGGAAGGACGGGGACGUUCCCAAGGGAGCGGCGGUGAUGGCGAUGAUGGUGACCAGGACGGGCAAGCCCCGCUGGCAGCGCGCAGGAAAUAAGCAUUCAGCUGCUCAGAAAAAUGAAGAUGCUGCUCAGAGGAAAGCAGAUCUGGAGGCUGCACUGAGAAACAAGAUUGAAUGUGAGAAAAAAGCAUUGUCUAUUGUUGAGCAGCUCCUGGAAGAGGACAUUACUGAAGAGUUCCUUCUAAAUUGUGGAAAAUGUAUUACUCCAUCUCACUAUAAUGAGGUUGUUGAUGAACGGUCUAUCAUCAAACUGUGUCGUUAUCCUCUAUGUCAGAAUAAGCUGGAAAAUGUGCCAAAGCAGAAGUACAGAAUUUCAACAAAAACAAAGAGAGUUUAUGAUAUCAAUGAAAGAAAGUGCUUUUGCAGCAACUUUUGCUAUAGAGCAUCUAAAUAUUUUGAAGCUCAAAUUUCCAAAAGUCCAGUGUGGAUGAGAGAAGAAGAAAAACCUCCAGACAUAGAGCUGCUGAAGGAGGGAUGGAAUGGACGGUCUGGAGAAGAGGUGAAACUACGUGAUGAAGUAAUUAAAGCAUCUGACAUUGAAAAUCCUAGGAUAUCUUCGGAUCCAUGUGAAUCUGGUUCUCACGACACAGCCAGUGACAGCAGUACUGAUACUGAGCAAGAAUUUAUUUCUUCUAUCCUACCAGGAAGUCAGUCAAGUUCAGCCAAUUUUGCACAGCAACUGCACAGAAAAAGCAUCCUCAAAAAGAAGCAUGCUCAGAAAGUCCAGGCCAGCCCUAAAACUGAAGAUGCAGAUGUGGUAGAAGCCACUGAACAACUCUCUCAUUGUAAAUUAGACACUCAGGAAGAAAGACACACUUGCUCUGUUCAUAAUGAAGUAACUGCACCACCUUCAGACAAUACUGCUCCUGGGAAAUCAAGUGCUUCAGAAAUCUUUGAAAAUACAUGUGGAUCACAGAUAGUUUUUCUAGGUGUGAGCAAAAGAAGAGCGGAACAUCUUAAAAGAAUAUUAGCUAAGUCAACAGAACAUAAAAACCUUGAACUGAGGCAUUCAGUUAAUUCUAAAGGCAGUUUACUAGGAGAGCUUAGGCAAACACUUAUGGAAUGGAGAACUGAGGAAACUUUAAAAUUUCUCUAUGGCCCAAACUAUACUUCUUUGGGCUCAUCAGAGUGCAUAGCAUCUUUCAGCCAGGAGACUGAAGAGCUUGAUGAGGAUGACUUAGAUACAGCUGAUGAUCUCAACACUGUUGUUGUAGGGGAGUCUGAAAACAGUUUGAACUACUCUUUACCUUUCACAGGCUCAGGUGGAAUAGUUAAGCCUGUGCCUAGUUAUGAAAAAUUAAAAGAAGAAACAGAGUUCCUAGAACUCCGAGUAAGAGAGUUCUAUAGAAGGUGCGUUUUGGCUGAGGAGGCAGCCACACAAGUGCAAGCAGGGGAACAUCUAAGCAAAGACAAAGAUGAUCAACAGGAAGAUCUCACCUUCCCACUUGUUGAUUCAAACGCACAAAUGCAGAUUAGGAGGUGAAUUGUCCUUGAAAAACUGAGAAAAGCAUUAUCUUCAGUUUUGGGCCCUCUUCACAUUGCUUCAGGUGAUGUCUACACAGAGCUAAAAAAUCUUGUCAAAACUUUCAGGUUAACAAACAGAAAUAUUAUACACAGAAUGCCUGAAUGGACUCUCAUUGCUAUUGUUUUGUUAUCUGUAUUGUCACAAACAACUCUGCUUUUCAAGAAUACUCAGACAAGCCCAAUGUACACACAGUUCCUGACCACAUUACUGAAAGAACUGCAUUUCAAAAAUGAAGAUCUGGAAAGUUUAACAAGAAUAUUUAGAAUGGACUGACAACUUGAAUGGUCAGUCAACUUUAAGCUACUUUGUGUGUCUUAAAACCAAGCUGGUUAACCACAGGUUUAAUUUUCAGCAUUUUGUAAGUAUGUACAGUAACUACAGAUUGUAUCAGCUGGAGCAGAAAAUGUGUGAAGUACAUUUUAAAGUAAAGAAAUAUGUAUGGUAUGGAAAUGAGUGUCAUCAUUUUGUCACUUACAGUAAAUGCCAGCUGCUUACUUAUCACACUUCUCUUUUGAUAAUGUAUGAUUGGUUUACUGGAAUUUUGAGGAAUUUUUACUAACACAGUUUAUUAAAAAAAA